AGAGUGCGAUCUGAAGGGGACUCUGGCAUCGUUAUGGUACGCAACUAUCUCCGCGGUACGGCCAACUAUCACACGUCGACUCACACCGGCUUUGGGUUUGCUGCCAUCCACGACCACAGCCUGACCCCAGUUACACUAGGCAUGGGCGAGGUACGUUGGUUACUUUUAAGAGCAGAGGCGUCCCGUGGGCCCCUGAUGUUGCAGGGUGCUUUGGAUGUUUCAGGAGCUUUCGAUGCAAAGGGAGAAAAAAAAACCACCCGAAAAGUAAGAAAGGGCCUCUAAAAGUCACGCGAUGGGUCUGAAGAGUUCUAUAAGUCAAACAGCAAUUUCUUAAAAUUGAUUUUGACAUAAAUAAAUAUAAAUAAAGAAAACUAUCAAAGAAAAAAAAAAUAUAUUUCUUAUUUAUACACCCAUUAUUACAUUUUCUAAUUUAAAAAGUCAAAAAGAUUCUAUACACAUCCUCUCAUUAUUACAAUCCUCCAUCCAUGUUGACAUAACAACAUCGUAACAUAAUCCCAGAUAUGUUAACAAAAUACGGUUCUCAACAUGUCACAAUAUUUAGUGUGUAGUGUAAAAAAAAUUACCAGUUACAGCUGACUAAUCUCCCCCCUGAACCCGCUAUCCCAGGUGACAGCUGUUCUGAAUGGCGUCCACUUCCGGACAUCCCACAACGAUUACGACAUCAGAAGACCAAGCAACUCGUCCAAGGCAUGGCUGGAGACGGAGCCCAUACCCCCACCACCCGUGCCUGAGUCUGUACUGAACAUGACGACAGUGCAGGUAACCUACUUACAGCAGCUAUUGGAGUACCACUACACUCUGGUCUAACACUCAGACAUGAGGUUGUAUCAUCCAUACCACAGACACGAUUGUAUCACCAAUACCUCAGGCAUAUGUUUGUAUCACCGAUGCCGAUAUCUCAGGCAUAUGAUUGUAUCACCGAUCUAGCUCUGCCCCCUGACAAGUGCCAUGUUUGCCCCCCCCCCCCGUGCGGGCCUGAUCUUCCAGGAGUCAGAAUGACAAGAUGCUCACAUGCAGUUCUGAUUUAUCUAUUCCAGUCUUUUGCCAAACCAAAAAAGCCAUUCGAAACUCGAUAAGGAAUUAUUCAUUUCAGAUCCGGAAGAGUGGGGGUAGGGGGCGAUUCUGUAAAAAAAAAACAACAACGGGGUAGGUGUGACAUCAUCAGUUUACCGCACCGGGAGUUUUAAUUUAAAAUACUUAUCCACAGGAUGUCAAUGGUUUUAAUUUAAAAUACUUAUCCAAAGGAUGUCAAUGGUUUUAAUUUAAAAUACUUAUCCACAGGAUGUCAAUGGUUUUAAUUUAAAAUACUUAUCCAAAGGAUGUCAAUGGUUUUAAUUUAAAAUACUUAUCCACAGGAUGUCAAUGGUUUUAAUUUAAAAUAUUUAUCCAAAGGAUGUCAAUGGUUUUAAUUUAAAAUACUUAUCCAAAGGAUGUCAAUGGUUUUAAUUUAAAAUACUUAUCCAAAGGAUGUCAAUGGUUUUAAUUUAAAAUACUUAUCCAAAGGAUGUCAAUGGUUUUAAUUUAAAAUACUUAUCCACAGGAUGUCAAUGGUUUUAAUUUAAAAUACUUAUCCACAGGAUGUCAAUGGUUUUAAUUUAAAAUAUUUAUCCAAAGGAUGUCAAUGGUUUUAAUUUAAAAUACUUAUCCACAGGAUGUCAAUGGUUUUAAUUUAAAAUACUUAUCCAAAGGAUGUCAAUGGUUUUAAUUUAAAAUAUUUAUCCAAAGGAUGUCAAUGGUUUUAAUUUAAAAUACUUAUCCAAAGGAUGUCAAUGGUUUUAAUUUAAAAUACUUAUCCACAGGAUGUCAAUGGUUUUAAUUUAAAAUACUUAUCCACAGGAUGUCAAUGGUUUUAAUUUAAAAUAUUUAUCCAAAGGAUGUCAAUGGUUUUAAUUUAAAAUACUUAUCCACAGGAUGUCAAUGGUUUUAAUUUAAAAUACUUAUCCAAAGGAUGUCAAUGGUUUUAAUUUAAAAUAUUUAUCCAAAGGAUGUCAAUGGUUUUAAUUUAAAAUACUUAUCCAAAGGAUGUCAAUGGUUUUAAUUUAAAAUACUUAUCCACAGGAUGUCAAUGGUUUUAAUUUAAAAUACUUAUCCACAGGAUGUCAAUGGUUUUAAUUUAAAAUAUUUAUCCAAAGGAUGUCAAUGGUUUUAAUUUAAAAUACUUAUCCAAAGGAUGUCAAUGGUUUUAAUUUAAAAUACUUAUCCAAAGGAUGUCAAUGGUUUUAAUUUAAAAUACUUAUCCAAAGGAUGUCAAUGGUUUUAAUUUAAAAUACUUAUCCACAGGAUGUCAAUGGUUUUAAUUUAAAAUACUUAUCCAAAGGAUGUCAAUGGUUUUAAUUUAAAAUACUUAUCCACAGGAUGUCAAUGGUUUUAAUUUAAAAUACUUAUCCAAAGGAUGUCAAUGGUUUUAAUUUAAAAUAAUUAUCCACAGGAUGUCAAUGGUUUUAAUAUAAAAUAAUUAUCCACAGGAUGUCAAUGGUUUUAAUUUAAAAUAUUUAUCCAAAGGAUGUCAAUGGUUUUAAUUUAAAAUAAUUAUCCACAGGAUGUCAGUGGUUUUAAUAUAAAAUAAUUAUCCACAGGAUGUCAGUGGUUUUAAUAUAAAAUAAUUAUCCAAAGGAUGUCAAUGGUUUUAAUUUAAAAUAAUUAUCCACAGGAUGUCAAUGGUUUUAAUAUAAAAUAAUUAUCCACAGGAUAUCAAUCAAUGGUUUUAAUUUAAAAUACUUAUCCGCAGGAUCAAAUUGCCGAGAUGCGCCAAUAUUUCCUGGCCUUCCAGACACAGAACUCCAGUCUCAGGGACUAUCGGCCUUUCUUCAAGCCUGUCUUGUGCUACUUGGAGGGAACCUGGCUUGUGAACGCAACAACCGCUGCUAACAUGGACAACAAUGAGAAGGUGAUGCAAGAGGAUUUUAACAAAAAAAUUAAAUAAAAGAAUAGUGAAGUUAAUCCGGUUGAGAUAAAAAGAUUGACAAAGGUCUAAUUUGGAAACGGGGUUGAUCUUAACACAUGACCUAAACCAACCAAUCGCCGUUGAGAUGAAUCUGUCUAGUUUUGAAGCUGUAUACACCAUCAUUGGCGUAGCUAGGGUGGCCAGGGCCCUGGUGCCAGAUAUUUUAUUAGGUUUUUUUAAAAUUUUGAUAUGCUCGGGCCCCUUUUAGGCUUUGGCCGCUGGUGCAAUGGCACCACCUGCACCAUUGUAGCUACGCAAAUGUACACCACAAUGGUUUAACGUCAAUGUACAAACACUUAACAUUCUCGACAAGCUUCUAACUGUAACUUUCUUUCAAUGUCAUGUGACAUAUUCUCAAGGGAGUGACGAAAGCGUAUACAUUAGGAGUGGGGACAUUAUUGCAUAAGAACAUUAUUUUAAGCACACUAUUGUAGGACCAUUAUUAAUGCGAUUGACACUGCGUCGCCCAUGUUCUUUCAGGCCCGUUCUGAGGCCUACUGACACUGUGUCGCCCAUGCUCUUUCAGGCCCGUACUGAGGCCUACUGACACUGUGUCGCCCAUGUUCUUUCAGGCCCGUACUGAGGCCUACUGACACUGUGUCGCCCAUGUUCUUUCAGACCCGUACUGAGGCCUACUGACACUGUGUCGCCCAUGUUCUUUCAGGCCCGUACUGAGGCCUACUGACACUGUGUCGCCCAUGUUCUUUCAGGCCCGUACUGAAGCCUACCUGAACUGUGUCGCCCAUGUUCUUUCAGGCCCGUACUGAGGCCUACUGACACUGUGUCGCCCAUGUUCUUUCAGGCCCGUACUGAGGCCUACUGACACUGUGUCGCCCAUGUUCUUUCAGGCCCGUACUGAAGCCUACCUGGGCUCCGUCACCGCCACAAAUCAGCCGGUGUCCAGUCUGCCAACUACAAUCAUAGGUGUCGACGACGUGACCAACGAGCCCAUCCUGGCCCAGUGGAUGUACAGAACCCUGUGUUACCCCACUGACGACAUUCCGACGUCAUAUUUCUUAAAGGUGAGUUUUUUCAAUUUAAAAUUUAUUUAUAUUAAUCACAAAAUUUAGUUGAAUAAGGAAAAAAUAUGUAUCAAUAGUUUAUGUAUAAACUACAAUCAAACCACGUUUGUCAUACCUCUGGAUCUGUUGAUAAUUAUCGGGUUAUACCUCUGGAUCAGUUGAUAAUUAUCGGGUCAUACCUCUGGAUCAGUUGAUAAUUAUCGGGUCAUACCUCUGGAUCUGUUGAUAAUUAUCGGGUCAUACCUCUGGAUCUGUUGAUAAUUAUCGGGUCAUAUCUCUGGAUCAGUUGAUAAUUAUCGGGUUAUACCUCUGGAUCUGUUGAUGUUUAUAAAAUAGUACAAUAAACACAUCUCUCACCAACCCUUGGAUAAAGUCGUCAGUUAGUAUCCUAAUGCUUAUCCCCCGGCCCCUAGGAUGUGCAGAGUGCGAAUAGAUGCCAUACUCAAGGGGGGAUUUAUAAUUGAACGCCUGGGGUGCCUUUGUUCACAGAGCACGACGGGUUUGGGAAAUACCUUCAACACGACAUUAUGUCAUGGCCGCUGACUGCGAUCGAUUCCUAGUUUAUUUUAUCACGACGAAUUUGGGUUUUAUUUUCUACUGCUCUGCCGAGGAAGGCUUUCUGUUGAUACGUGGACUGUUGUACUUCACUUCAAAUUGCACCCCGGGCUUUCUGAUCGGAGAGCGAGUUAUGAGGCAGCUUAACUACCCGUAUGUAGCCAUGAUUCCCAAAUGUUUUAUAAAAAAAUAUUACCUCUGUUUUAAGUUCAUUAAUUGUGUCUAUUCUGAUAAUCCAGGUGGAUGAACUCGCUUACCGUUAUCCACGGAACCUUUCCUUGACAGCCACGUCAACAACUAGAGGCAGCCAUUUUGUCCUGGAUGACAAACUAACCGAAGGGUAAAACAUAAAAAAGGAAAUUUUACUCUUAGUAAUGGGAAAGGUAUUAAAAAGCACCCGACUAUUACCGAAACAUAUUAUGUCUGACUCUGAUAAAUUGUGUCUACGAAGGAGAUGACCGGAAUGAGGGAAGGAUAGCUAGGGCAUACUAUUAUUUUAUACAUGGGCACAACUUUUAUCAAUAUCUGGUCAACAGCAAAUUUGUUGACAUCCCCAUUCAUUUCAUUAUUAUUAUUAUAAUAUGUUGUUUUAUAUAUAUAUAUCAUAGCCGUUGACUGCGAUCAAGUCCUAGUUUAUUUGAUCUCGACAAAUUCGGUUUUUAUUUUCUACUGCUUUGCUGGUGAAGGCUUUCUGUCGAUACGUGGACUGUUGUACUUCAUACUAUUUCAUACUAUUUCAUAGUAAACCGUUGAUCGGCCAGGGCCUUGUCUUUCCGACGAGAGUCAAUGUUGAAAUACACUUAAGGUCUGUUGUGCAUUGAUGUAUUUCUUUUAUGUACUCCCCGUAUGGUCGGUAGUACGUUGCAGUUUUCACUGUUUUCCCCACCACGCGCUAAACCAAUGAGAACAUAAAAUUGAUGAAUAAUAUCACAUACCAGGAUUUUUACAAAUUAUAAAUGUCAUUGCAGUUACCGUGGCUACUCUUUUCUCGACCGUCUGGUGGCCAAGAUCCCAGGCCUGGACAACACUCCCGGGAUUCUGAAAGAAAAGGAGCUCGGUCUGAGGGACGUGAAAUUCGCCGAUUACAGUGGCGUCCUUAACCUUGGCUACUACAACAGACAGUAUGCGGACUACUAUGACGCCAUGGGGAAAACGGUACAUUUUUUGAUAACAGUUGAAAGGUUGCAGGAGAGGAGUCUUUGACGCCCUGAGACAACGUGUCUUUUACGCCUGGGGUAGCGGAGUUGCCACCAGUGCCAUAAUUUACCAUCAUUAACGCAAACACGUCAGAAAGAGAUAAUUCAGUGACACCUUGGCAUGAUGUGGCAAUUUUUUAAAAGGCCAAGCAAAGACAACUCACCGAAUUCAUGCGUUUGUUUUCCUUUUCAAUACUGUCUAGGGCAGCGGUUCUCAACCUGUGGGUCGCGACCCCUUUGGGGGUCGCGGGACCCUUUUCCAGGGGUCGCCUAAGACCAUCUGAAAACACUUUUCCUUACAGCUUUAAAGUAGCAACGAAAAUAAUUGUAUGGCUGGAGGUCGCCACGACACGAGAAACUGUAUUAAAAGGUCGCGGCACUAGGAAGGUUGAGAACCACUGGUCUAGGGUAAAAGCUCUAUCCUAUAACUAAAAAUAUGAGAGUACUGACAGAUUUAUAGCCGACAUUUCAUUUUAAGCUAAUAAAUCAUCAACCCUAACCUUUAAAAAAUAGACCAGUCAAUCACCGACCUUAAGCUAGUCCAUACAGAAAUAGACCAAUGAAUCACUUCCCUAAGCUAGUCCAUACAGAAAUAGACCAAUGAAUCACUUCCCUAAGCUAUAGUCCAUACAGAAAUAGACCAAUCAAUCCCUAACCCUAAGCUAUAUUCCAUACAGAAAUGGACCAAUAGCUAUUGGAAUAACUAAUCAAAUAAAAGCCCAAAUUCUCUCCUCUCACCAUGCCAGAUAAUCAACCGAGGAUUUAGUGAUGCCAACAUGUUUGUGGCACUGACAACCCAGCCCCAGGUGGCGCCACUGCUGCUCAGCCAAUGCACAAGCCCUAUGAAGUGCGUCACCAAGAGACGAGACAUCAAGGCCAGCUGGAUGAUGCCCCUUGAGAUCGUCUACCUGACACCUCUGCUCAGAUGGAACCCGUACGCCAUACCAUUUGGUGUGAGUGUAUUAGAAUAACACAUGGCGUAUCUUAUGGUGGGAGUGGGUUAGAACAACAUAGGACAUAUUUAAUGGUGUGAGUGUGUUAGAUUAACAUAGGACAUAUCUUAUGGUGGGAGUGUGUUAGAAUAGCAUAUAACAUAUCUUAUGGUGUGUGUGUGUGUGUGUUAGAUUAACAUAUGACAUAUCUUAUGAAUGGAAGUGUGUUAGAUUAACACACGGCAUAUCUUAUGGUGGAAGUGUGUUAGAAUAGCAUAUGACACACGUUAUGGUGUCAGUGUGAAAUUGUUAUGAAAUCUACCAUGUAAGUGUAACUUGCAUGUGGCUUUCACUAUGGUGUAAGUAUGAGAAUAGCAUUUAGCACAUCUCCUAGUGUAAGUGUGAGGAUGGGAUAUAACAUUUCAUGGUGUAAGUGUGAGAACAGCAUGUAAUGCAGCUCGCAAUGUGUUUUUGAGAAUACUAUUUAGCACAUCUCAUAUUGUAAGUGUGAGGAUGGGAUAUAACAUUUCAUGGUGUAAGUGUGAGAACAGCAUGUAAUGCAGCUCGCAAUGUGUUUUUGAGAAUACUAUUUAGCACAUCUCCUAUUGUAAGUGUGAGAAUAGCAUAAGACACAUCUCAUCAUUUAUGUGUGAGAAUAAUAUGUAGCCCAUCUCAAUGGUGUUAGUGUGUGACACAUUGAACAUCUUUAUAUAUCUCUCUCCCCCCCCCUCUCUCUCUCUCUCUCUCUCUCUCUCUCUCUCUCUCUCUCUCUCUCUCUCUCUCUCUCUCUCUCUCUCUCUCUCUCUCCACUUUAGCUUUCAACCCAUCCGCUCCAUUCUCGUUGUAAAAAUAAAAUGUAUCCAAUGAACUGAAGAUUGAAAUGGAAUCACUAGACAAGAAUUAGUUUCUGAUUUGACAUCAUCCCCUGUCGCCGGAAGCUAAACUCAGUUCUCAGUUCCCAAUUCAGAUUUUAACCGUUUGUGUGCAGUUGAAUCUUCAGAGGUUCCCUCAUAGAUCUGAUUGACGUACUUUUGGUGUUCCAGUCCCCACAGUCUGUGCUGACGGCCUCUGGCAGAACUGGGCAGACCUCUACCAAUGCGUUAAACGGGUCAAACGAGCAAUCGUUCACCUGGACCCCGGCAGAGUUCUUCACAACCCCGACCCCCGAGAACCCGGACGCGGCAGAUACGAAUCCGGCAUUUAAAUGGGUCAUGGAUGGUCAGGUAAGAGGACAGGUUCGUGGGGUAACAGGUUGUCAGGUAAGAGGACAGGUUCGUGAGGUAACAGGUUGUCAGGUAAGAGGACAGGUUCGUAAGGUAACAGGUUGUCAGGUAAGAGGACAGGUUCGUGAGGAACAUGUUAUGGGUGGUCAGGUAAGAGGACCGGUUCGGUGGGUAACAGGUGGUCAGGUAAGAGGACAGGUUCGUGAGGUAACAGGUUGUCAGGUAAGAGGACAGGUUCGUAAGGUAACAGGUUGUCAGGUAAGAGGACAGGUUCGUGAGGAACAUGUUGUCAGGUAAGAGGACAGGUUCGUUAGGUAACGGGUUGUCAGGUAAGAGGACAGGUUCGUGAGGUAACAGGUUGUCAGGUAAGAGGACAUGUUCGUUAGGUAACAGGUUGUCAGGUAAGAGGACAGGUUCGUUAGGUAACGAGUUGUCAGGUAAGAGGACCGGUUCGUGAGGUAACAGGUUGUCAGGUAAGAGGACAGGUUCGUUAGGAAAUGGGUUGUCAGGUAAGAGGACAGGUUCGUGAGGUAACGGGUUGUCAGGUAAGAGGACAGGUUCGUUAGGUAACAGGUUGUCGGGUAAGAGGACAGGUUAUAUAGGUAACAGGUUGUCCGGUAAGAGGACAGGUUUGUUAGGUAACAGGUUGUCAGGUAAGAGGACAGGUACUUUGGGAUCAUGCAUGGUCAGGUAAGAUAAAAGUCACGCUAGCGUAUUGGGUAGUCGGGUAAGAUGAAAUGUUAAAUGGUAUAAUUGAUAAUGGGUUGCCAGAUAAGAUAAUGAUGAUAUAGUUGCGGUAAUAAAAUUAUUCAGCUAAUGGAUGCGACAAAUGCAACAUUUCUUUAAAUUGCACCUUGAAAGCUAUUCAUUUCCCCACAGAAUCAAACGUUCCUGAUGGCACCAAGUGGCACCCGCAUCGUCCUGCCUGCUAUAGCCGGAGUGGGGAGCGUCAGACUCAGAUACCCCAUUGCCCCCAUCCACGGGGAGGGAAGCUCGGUCUGGAAGGAACUUAACGCCCUCAAGAGUCAUCUCGCCAUGCAGAUAUCAAAGCUCUCCCAGGCAUUUAAUUGAAAAGAUAAUGUCAUAGGUCUUGGACAUGGUAUCAAGAAAACUCAUCAUUUCAUAGACAUGGCAUCAAGAAAACUCAUCAUUUCAUAAACAUAGCAUCAAGAAAAC